GACGUGUUUAUCAAAAGAAAAAAAAAAUACCAAAACAAAACUGACGUGUACGCUGUAAAUUAAUUACCAAAUAAAAUUGAAAAAUUGCUUGUUUUAUGUUGGUGUUUUCACAAAUAUACCAUAAUGUCGGAUUCGGAACCACUCUCUCAAAAUGCAGAACAAUCUGAAGAAAUACCAGGAACCGGAGGCCAAGGAGAUGCGCCGCCAACUGUGUCUGAACGUGAAGCUUAUUUCCAGGCGCUUCGAUUAUGGAUACAACAAGCGCAGAUCUAUCAGAACAUCUCUACAUGUUUUCCUUACUACAUGAUGACCUUCCAGGGCUUACAGAACAAUCCCACAAAUGUGCCAUUACUAAAUAAUAACUACCAGUUCCAAGGACAACAGAUUCCUUUUCAAGUGCCAAAUCCAGUAAGGAAUGCUCCAGAAACUCCGCCUCCGCCCGAAUCUGUAACCCCAGCAGAAGUGAUUGCCCAACAUGGAGGCUAUGAGUAUAUAAUACCACCACUGUACAAGAGGUUGAUUGCUGAAUUUAUUGAUUUUAUGCUUUUAUUCAUAUUGAAACUUAUUGUCACAUUUAUAGCAGUGGAUAUGUUUGAAAUAAUUGACCUGGAAAAAUUUGAUAUCUACAAAUUUAGUGAGCAUUAUGAUGACUAUACAUAUGCUAUGGAGCUAACUUCUGAGAUACUAUUUUUAGAAAUUAUCUACAGGAUAUUGGUGUGCAUAUUUGAGGCCUUUUGUCUAAGUGGCAGUGUAGGGCGUACAGGUGGCGCUACUCCAGGGAAAGCUCUUCUUGGAUUGCGUGUAGUGACUGCAUCCGCUGUGAUACUUGUUGAAGGACGCCCCAAGGAAACGGUACUGUUAUACCCAGGAAGGCCGGUCAGUUUUGCAAUGGCAUUAAUUAGGUCUAUAAUGAAGAAUUUUCUAAUUUCGUUACUAUUUCCUCUAUGUGUUAUAUUGUUUGUAUUCCGACAUAAUCGCACUGGAUAUGAUUUGCUGUGUGGUGUUGUAGUUGUAGAAGAGAAUAUGUACCCACCCAGAAGACAUGCACCGUAAUUUCUAUGCUUCUAUUUUUUUACAAAGCAUCUAUGAACUUUUGUGCCUUCAAAUAUAAAUUAUUUAUUUGUAUUAAUUGUAAUUAAUAUUAAUUAAAUUAAUAUUAUUUAUAUUAAUAUGAAGUAUAUAUUUGUGAGGUCCUAUUUCUAUAAUUUAUUUAUAACUCAAAUAUCUCUUCCACAUUUAUACAGUACCUUUUGUUUUGGUUUGUAUUAAAUAUGCUUUAAAUAAGCAUUGUAUAAAUACAUUUAGGUUUUUUAACUAUGUUAUUUUUGAGAAUUAUGUUAAAUUUUAUUAUUAUUUAUUAUGGUUGGGUUUCGUCAAAAAUAUGAGGCUGGAAAACUGUGAUCAGAUUUAUUCACUGACAUCUGUAUCACGAAUGAUUGACAAGCUCUGCUUUAAUGUUUCAAUUUUAAAUUUUAUUGCUAUUUUUUGAUGUUAGACUUAGAUAGACACAAAGUUGCAGAGAAU